AUGGCUACACGCCCUGCGUUAACUCGCAUUUCCAGACGCCUCGUUAAGCCUAUACUCCCAGAGCUACCAAAAAGACAGCCAUCGAAGGCUGGUGCACUCGACAAUGGUGCCUCUUCCAGGACAGUGGAAUCCUCGAAUCUAGGAAAGCAGCCUAGUUGGAGAUCAAAACUACAACCGGAAGAAUACUGCUCCUACAGAGACCCUACAAUUCCAGUUCCCGAACAACUUGAAUAUGCAAGGCGGUUUUUCGCCAAAUCAAAACAUUCACCUGUCCACCUUUGGACAACGAACCUGUUCCGGAAAAUACCCGAAUCAGAUAUCCCCGAGGUGGUGUUUAUGGGCCGGUCUAAUGUAGGAAAAAGCUCGGUAAUUAACAUGCUGGUUGGGGAGGACAUCUGCUAUACCUCGGCAACACCCGGCCGGACACAAACUAUGAAUGCAUUUGGAAUUGGAGGAACUAAAGGUGGCGAAACAAAGAUUAAUAUAAUCGACUCACCCGGUUAUGGCAAAGCCAGUAGACCGGAAUGGGGUCAUGAGUUGAUGAAAUAUCUAAGUAAAAGACAACAACUCAGAAGAGUAUUUCUCAUUAUUGAGUGCAAGGCCGGUGUUAAGAAUUCAGAUAAGGAAGUUCUCUCCAUCCUCCGAGAAUUUACUGUCCCUCAUCAAAUUAUCGUCAGUAAGGCCGAUAACUUUUUAACCGAAGGCAGGGCCGGAAACCAGGAGUCCCAUCGCACUGCUAGUCUGAAGCAGUUUAGACAGAUUAUUUCCCGAAUAAGAAAGGAGGUCACUCCGACUCUAGAAGAAGGGAUUCCGCCUCUGGGGCACAUUUUGGCUUGCAGUAACAGAAUCCGGAUUGGAGAAGGCCAUAAUAAGCAUCCCCUGGGUAUUGAUGCAUUGCAGUGGUCAAUCCUACAGGCUGCUGGCUUUGAUUAUCAGCCAUCCCAAACAUUGCAUCCCCAGUAA